GUUUGGAAAAUUGAAUACCCCAUAUUAUAUACAUAACCUCAUUAACAGGCAAUUUCUUACUUGUAACAUAACUCCACCUUGAAAUUUCCCUUAAUUCUCACUCAAGGAACACUUAGAACCAUUACUAUAAACUAAACUCAGCCAUAAUUUUCCACAACCAUCUCUGUCUUCUUCUUUUUCUUGAACAAGAAAAGGAAAACAAAAAAUGUCUAUGCAGCAACAACAACAGCCGGUUGUUGUUUAUCCAAACACGAUGACCGGGCAGCAGCCGCCCCCCACGGGGCCUUUUCCUCACUCUCAUCACUCAAACGGAUCAUUCGGCACAGUUUUUAUAAUUCUUGCUGUGAUUGUUGUGAUAUCAGGGAUUGCUUGCUUCCUCGGCAGGGUUUGCAAUAAGCGAAAAGGCGGUCAAGAUCAUGGUCAUGGUCAUGGUCAUGGUCAUCAUCAAGAAAGAUCAAAAGAGCAAAAGAAACCCAGUGGUAGUGCAGGUGAAAGCCAACAGAAGAACCCUAAUAUUAUUAGAACUAAAGAAAGAGGAAGGGAAUUAGGGGAUGUUGAAUUUGGAUUUGAGAAAGGAUUUGCAAUGCCUCCUUCAUCAGCUGCAGAUGGACAUCAAAAUCAUCAUAUGAAUAUGAAUGGGGUUCACAUGAAAGGUGAAACUUUUAGUGUUGAUCAUGAUGCCCAGCUCAAGCAUGGUCCAUAGGAUCAUGUGCCUUACCAAUUUAUUAGUCUGUUUCGUAUGAAAUUUUUACCCUUACUUUCAGUUUGAUAUCAAAAUAUUAAUUUUUAUUUCGGAUAAA